UUCACUUGUUGCUCCACACUCUUCAAGAUGGUUUUCCUUCGUGUCGUGUUAUCUCUUCCGUGUCCCGUGUAUUUUACGAUUGUGUCAAACAUGCUUCAAUGAUUUCGCGAUUAUGAGCUGCAAUUUUUCUCCGAGCCCGUGCUAACUGAACAACUAGUCAUUCUCGUGCUCUUCAAGUUUCCGCUGUUCGCUUUUUCCGUAGGUUCGGCGCGUGUUUGUUUACUUUUUCUCCGAGAAGUUGGUGAUUUCAAUUUUUCAGUUCGCUACAGAAUUGGUCGAAAGUUCCCCUCUGUCGGAUUAUCUGUGUGUGUACGGUGCUAUACAGUGCGGUGAGGAUAUCCUUCCACGUAUUUCUGUUUCAUAUUCCUCCUAGGAAAAUUUUAUGAAAAAAUGAGUCCACGGCUCAGUGUCGAAUUGUGUUAUUUUUAGACCGUGUAUCAUUAAUUGUUCUCUUUCAUCCUGUGCUGUGAGCUGUGUUAUCACUGUGGAGAUUUACGUGUUUUCAUCGUCCUCCCGCAAGCAGAACUCCUUGACUUGACUUCUCAGAGAAAACUUGCUCAGGUUUUAUGGAAGACUCCUCACUUUUGAGCUUGCUGCCUUCAGCAACUCUCCUGUCAGUCCCAAACGUAAAGUGAUGAGGCGGAACGGUGGCCAUGGAGCCCAUGAGCCGCGCAUGAUGGGGCGCAGCUUAUUCGUGUCCAGGUGAGGUUUUCCAGUCAUGCGCCGGGUGCUUGCCGUGAUGCUUUGCGUCUCAAUUCUGCUCGGCCGUCCCCUCGCCCCAGUCUCCGCCGCCGCCGACACCUCGCCCGCCCCCGCCGCCGCCGCCGCCAUCGCCCCUGCCCUGGCGCACCAACACCAGAACGCCACCAACACGACGUCCAACGCCACCGCCGCCGCCACGACAACCACCACCACCAAUCUCACCGUCGGAUACCUCACCGACGUCAAAGGCUCCAAGGGCAGACAAGGACUCACUAUAUCCGGCGCUCUAACCUUGGCCCUCCACGAGAUCAACGAGGACCCGUCGAUCCUGCCGAACGUGACGCUGGUGCCGCGCUACGUGGACACGCGCGGCGACACGGUCAAGGCGACGGAGCACAUGGUCGACAUGCUCUGCGAGGGCGUCUCCGCCUUCUUCGGUCCCGAGGGCUCCUGCUACGUCGAAGCCAUCGUCGCCCAAUCCAAGAACAUCCCCAUGAUUAGCUACAAAUGCUCUGAGUAUUCGGCAUCCUUGGUUCCAACUUUUGCUCGAACAGAACCUCCAGACACUCAGGUAACCAAAUCAGUGAUCUCACUUCUUAAAUAUUACGACUGGAAAAAAUUUAGUAUAUUAUAUGAAGAAAGCUGGACUCCUGUGGCAGAAUCGUUAAAGGCAGCAAUGCCUAAAAACAACUUAACUUACAAUCAUUACAAAUUGGUUGUGGAUAGACAUAAAUGCUGCGAAGAGCAAAAACCCUGCUGUAAUCAAGUCUUUUGGCAUAAGGAAGUAGAAGAAAUGCGAAAUAAAACUAGAAUCUUUGUUUUUUUGGGAGCAACAGAUAAUCUAAUUGAUAUGAUGGCCACCAUGCAAGCCCUGCAAAUGUUUGAAAAUGGAGAGUACAUGGUCAUCUACGUUGAUAUGAACACCUAUUCUCUCAAAGAUGCACACAAAUACCUAUGGACAUUUAAUCAGUUGGAUGAGAAAAAAACCUGUUCUGAGCCGGGGUUUGAGAAGUGGGGAAAGUCACUUUUAGUCAUAGUUUUGUCUGAACCAGUUCAAAGUUAUGAAAAUUUCACCCAGAAAGUGCGGCAGUAUAAUCUACUACCACCCUUCAACUUUGUUACGCCUCCUAUUUUUGAUAGAAGUUCUUAUAUCAAAUUUGUUACAGUUUAUGCUGCGUAUCUUUAUGACUCUGUAAAGCUGUACGCACACGCCUUAGACUCUUUAUUGCGGCAGGAACCUGUUUUGAACCCUGAUGUUAUCAAGAAAGUAGCAUCUAAUGGCACGCGAAUCAUAGAAACCAUUAUUACAAAAGAACAUUAUCAAAGUAUUACAGGAGCGACAAUCAGAUUGGAUAAGAACGGAGACUCAGAGGGGAAUUUUUCUGUUUUAGCUUUGAAACCGCACCGUUUUAGUGAAAAGAAUUUCUCCUGCGGCCACUUCAUGGUGCCUGUGGGUCAAUUUUACAGCGGAAACAUCAAUUCUAGUUUGCCAGAGUACAGAUUAAUCAAACCUGAUUUUAAACCUGACUGGCCUGGUGGUAUUAAACCUUUUGAUGAGCCAAGCUGUGGUUUCGAUAAUGAACGGUGCUUACAAGACAAUUCCCAUCAGUCAGCGCUAAUUGUUGCUGGAACACUAGGUGUUCUGUUGUUCUGCGCCAUGGUCAUAACUUUAAGUAUUUAUAGGAAGUGGAAAAUAGAGCAAGAAAUUGAAGGAUUGCUUUGGAAAAUAGAUCCUUCAGACUUGACUGGCUAUUAUGGCAAUGACAUUGUAUCCUCACCUAGUAAAUUAAGUUUAGUUAGUGCUACUUCUUAUGAAUCGAGAUGUGGUCCUCAAGUAUUUGCUGCAACAGGGCAGUUUCGCAACAUGUUAGUUAGGAUUAAAGAAUUGAAGUUUUCCAGAAAAAAAGAUAUUUCCAGGGAAACAAUGAAAGAAAUGAGAAUGCUCCGGGAUCUGCGGCAUGAUAACGUUAACUCUUUUAUUGGUGCCUCUGUUGAACCUCUGAGGAUAUUAAUAGUCACAGAUUACUGUGCAAAAGGCAGUUUAUAUGAUAUCGUAGAAAAUGAAGACAUUAAGUUAGAUAAGAUGUUUAUUGCCUUCCUGGUGCAUGACCUAAUAAAGGGUAUGAUUUUCCUACAUAACUCACCUCUUAUGUGUCAUGGAAAUCUAAAAUCCUCUAACUGUGUUGUAACAUCACGGUGGGUGUUGCAAGUAACGGACUUUGGCCUUCAUGAGUUGCGUCAUGGUGCUGAAAAUGAUAGUAUAGGAGAACAUCAGUAUUAUAGAAGUUUAUUUUGGAAAGCCCCUGAACUGCUGAGAGACAUCCAUGCACCCAUCAGAGGCACUCAAAAGGCCGAUGUUUAUGCUUUUGCCAUUAUAUUGUAUGAAAUAAUCGGAAGGCGGGGGCCCUUCGGAGCCUGUGGAGUGGAUGAGCCUAAAGAAAUUGUAAGUAAAGUCAAAAGAGUACCUGAGCCAGGAGAGGCGCCUUUCAGACCAAAUUUGGAUUUGCUGGUGGACUGUGAAGCAGGAGCAGAAUUUGUUCUGCAAACAAUACAAGAUUGCUGGGCUGAGCAGCCAGAACUACGGCCUGAUUUUAUUUCCAUACGAAGUCGUUUGAAGAACAUGAAACAGGGAAAACAACGCAAUAUUGUGGAUCAAAUGAUGGUCAUGAUGGAGAAAUACACUAACAAUUUAGAAGAUUUAGUCAAUCAACGUACUCUGGAAGUUUUUGAAGAGAAACGCAAGACUGAAGAUCUCUUGCACCGGAUGCUACCCACGCCCGUUGCCUCAAGGCUCACCCGCGGUGAAGGGGUCGAACCUGAACAGUAUGAUCUAGUCACAAUUUACUUCAGUGAUAUUGUAGGUUUUACUGCUAUGUCUGCUAAGAGUUCUCCAUUGCAAGUCGUGAAUUUCCUCAAUGAUCUGUACACCCUAUUUGAUCAAAUCAUUCGAGGGUUUGAUGUAUACAAGGUGGAGACAAUUGGUGAUGCUUACAUGGUGGUGUCUGGCUUACCAGAGAGGAACAAUAAUAAUCACGCUGGUGAAAUUGCCUCUAUGUCACUUGACCUACUAGAGGCUGUAAAGAACCAUCAUGUAGCUCAUAAACUUGAUGAUGCCCUUAUGUUGCGAAUUGGAGUUCAUACAGGCCCUGUGGUAGCUGGUGUAGUUGGACUAACAAUGCCAAGGUAUUGUUUAUUUGGAGACACAGUGAACACAGCAAGUCGUAUGGAAUCGACUGGCGAACCUCUCAAAAUACAUAUCAGCGCUGCUUGCAAAGAAGUUCUUGACAAAUUGGGAGGGUAUAUUAUAGAAGAAAGAGGCCUCGUCAAAAUGAAGGGCAAAGGAGAGGUCUUAACUUUCUGGUUAGUUGGUGCUACUGAUACUGCUGUCAAAAGACGCGAGGUUGACUUGGCAGCUUUACCACCGCCUUUGUUCUGCCGUCCAGCUGCAAGGCGGAGUCCAAAACUUCUUGGGGGCCUUGAAAGUAGGAGACACUCAAGUGUACCCAGGGUUCCAACAAGCACUGAGCCACAACCAACAAAUCAGCUCCGUCAAAGGAUAUCCGAGUCUUAUUCAAUGGAUCCUCUUCCAGACAAGCAGCUUGAUUCACAGUCAGUCUCUCUCAUCCAAAGAAGUUGUCGCUCCCUACAGGAAAGUCAGUCUCAUUGCCUAGAAAAUUGUGGAGCUGUUUUAAACGGCACAUUACACUCAGUUCCUUUGCUGACAGAACAGAAGCGAUGGCACUCCUUAGAAGAUAUUCAGGUCAAACGAAAUUCCAAACUCAUCUCAAUAGGGUCUCUACGCAGCCGGUGGUUUUUUAAAUUCUUUAAUAACGCAAGUUACCGUAAUAGUGAUGUCUCGCUUCGAAAAACAGCUGGCUAUACUGAUUUACAGCUAGAGCGAGAGAGCAUUGUCUGAACUUGUCUUUUUUUUCUUAUUUCUUUUUUAUGUUUUGGUCUUUAAUUGAUGCAAAAAGUUUUUGUCUCCAACAACAUUAACUUCAGCCAAGUAUCAAUUGAGUAUUUAAUUUCAAAGCAGUUGGCCACAUUGAUCUUUUGUGAUCUAAUGGUAUGCUAUGAGCUCAAUAUUUAUCCUUUCUGGGGAGUCGCAGAGGAUUUAUUUCAACGGACAUGUAACAGUACUUUUUCUCAGUUCAUUGUCUACUGUCUGUAUUGUAAGGGAAAUCGGAAAAAAUGUCAAAUUAAUUUCCCAGUAGCCUUGUCAUUUAAUUGUCUUGAAGGAAGCAAAUUCUGGUUUUUCAUGGCGAUAUUGGCCUGGCUUUGUGAAAGUCAGUCAGAAAGCAACUCGUAGCCAGAAGUAUUUCGUUUGCUUUUGUGAUUUUAAAAGGCUGAUUCCGUUACGUCAAGAACAAGGUAAAAUUUUGAUUUUCACAAGUACAUAUGUAUACAUACAGUAUAUUGUAUCAAAUACCAAUAGAGAUUGCAAAACUAAUGGUAUAAAGAUGUAAACUGCACAACAUCUGUUUAACCCAUUAUUUUCAUAAUAAUUCUGAAAUACUCCUCCUUUCUCUGGAAAAGUCUUAGUUCUAUUUUCCAAGUAUGUUCCUCAUACUCAAAUUCUACAUAGUUAUUGAUAUCUGGUGCAGCACAGCUCUGCUACCUCUAUUACUCCUGCUGUUAGAAGACAUGAAAUAUUUUCCUCAAUCUAAUCCGUAGAACGUACAAAUUUUAUGGAACAAGGACUUGAAAUGUAUUUCAACAGUGCGUUUUUUUCUUAUUAGUCUGGUUUAGUUUCCUUCUGAAGACUUAUGAUUUUUUGUUUAGUUUCCCUCUGAAGAAUUAUAAUUUCUGGUUGUGUAAGUAUUCUUUUCAAUCUGAAAUUCAAGUGUCAUUUCAGGAUGGUGUCUACAAAUUUUACCGCCAAGUCUCCAUCAUAUAAACUUAAACUUUAUCAGAAAUAAUAUCACUGAUCAUGAGCUUCCUGAGCUUUCAUUUACCUGGAGAGGCCUGAUUGGUUUUCAGUCAAGUUUAAAACAUCUUAAUUUUUAGUGAGUGACCCUUGUUACCUACAUAUCUCAAUUAAAAGGAUAAAUGCUUGGAAUAACCCUUGUUUUGAAGAAAUAUGAGGUUUCAGAAAUUGAAAAUUGCUGUUUGAAAGAUUUUGGUGCUUAUUUUGAGCAAUCCCUGCUUGCCGUAACUUUUAGCUGUUUUUUACUGUAAACAGGGGGUCAUUAGCUCUUCAAGUCAAUUCUAGUAUCAAUUCUCAAGAGUCAGUUUCUGUGAAAUCUUGAGCUUCUCCAACCAAAUUUUUUAGAUCCAUCCUAAUUUCUCGGCACUUAAUACACAAAAGAAAAAAGGUGAUAAAACGUGAAAAAGAGUCCUGAAUUUUGUUGACCCGUUAAAUAUUCAUGGGUCCAUCAAAGUACAAGGGUUAAAGUGAUUGUGGAAUCAGGUAAUUUUUAUCGCUUAGCAAAUGAAAGGUCUUAAAGAGUAAUACUCCCCUCAGUUUUGAUGAAGUAGCAGCUGGAUUGUUUAAAUUUUGUGAUUUUCAAUUGGACAAAAGAAAUGGAGUAAAGUGAUUAGCAAUCCCAACCGCCAACCGGCUUUGUCGUCCUUAUGUCGGAUGAAAUGGACUAGAAGCUAAAGUCAUCUUUUAAGUUUCCAAUAUUUUGUCUUCAAAUCUAUUUGACAUAGCCACGUUUAUAAGACUCCUGUUAAAACCAACCAAUUACGUAACAUUAUUCUUGCCAAGUCAACGAACACAAAAUUUCAAGCAUCAGGUUGAUGUUUAACCUAACGCAAAGUAUGAUUUGCAGAUAUCUCUAGAGGUGAAAUUUGAAGGGCUAACCUUUCUUGUAGCAAAUAAAAAAUAGUCAAACUUAAUUAAAGCUACUGUAGCAACAAUUGGGCAAAUUUUUUGAUAAGAAGUCUAUUUGCCGCAGAGACCUAUUGUAGACGAACUUGCCUCACUUACACGUAUCCAAUCUGAAUUUGGUUCACGAUACACCCCUAACUGAAUAACAACUAAAUAAAACUGAGUUAUCAAUGAAUAGAAGAAACAUGUUGGUAUCAACUAACACCCAAAUUACUUCUAUCGAUUGAAAAGUUGAUCAUCUUUUUAGCUCAAAACUGAAAAUGUGCUCUUAAACUUGUUUAUACUUUUGGCGGACCAUUUAUAAAUUACAUAAUGCCAUUUCACCGCUUUUUUUACUGCUGUUUGUCUGUUUUUUAAUGACCAGAAAGUUUUCCAGAAACAACUCGCACCCCCUCACUCCCCUGCUUUAAUGUAUCAGGAAUUUCAAACAUCUUUGAAGAUUUUAUUCUUAACUUUAAAAAUUGAAAAAGGCUUAUUUUUGUAAUUUUUUAAAGCAAGCUGAAAUUUUCUUGCCCAUUGAUAAGAAUUAUAGCUUUUUGUUAAAAAGUAACGCUCUUUGAUGCAGGAAAAGUUUUUAGUCAGUAACCAAUAGUGUCUCUCUUUAAGGUAACUAAAAUAGAAGACACGAACCUGAUUAAUGAUGAAUAAUGAUGGAAGAAAGAGUCCUUAGGGAAAGUAACAAGUUUUUUUUUUUUUUUUUUUUUUUUUUUUUUUUACAGAUUUAUUACUAAUAUUUCAACUUGAAGCAGAAGAAACGCCCCUAGAAUCCUUUAAUUUUUAUCACAAUGCACCGUAUAGAUCUCAAUCUGUCUAUUUCUUCUUUCCCCUUCCCCCCUUUCCAAGUUUUUAGUUAGAUGACAGUAGAAGUUUGAUUUGUAUGUAUUUUUAAAUAGGGGCUGUUCAUCAAUGAGUGCAAUAUUUAAUGUUUUUCAUCUCUUAGCUGACUUUAGUUUAUAACUAUUUUUUGGCGAUCAUUACUUCGUUUUUCCUCAAUUUUAGAAGAAUUUUUUUCUCGUGUCUGCGAAAUGAAAUGAUCCUUUACCAAAGCUUCUAACUCUGCUUAUCACUUAAUGGCUCAGUUUAAGACUCUUGUUUUUAGGUGAAUUCAUCCUCCACUUUUCGGAGAGCCUUCCAUGCUAAGACAUGCAUCAUUCCUCGUACAGACUCUGCAGAUAUUAAUUUUUAUGAAUGUUACGAAGUUGAUUGGGGAAGAAGUUGAGCUUAUUUGUUUAAAAGCUUUGUGCUCUUAUCUUUUGUCAUUUUAUGUAUUUAUCUAGUGUAUAUAGCAAGAAAAGGAUGCCUUAUGUAAUGCAGAAAUAUUUUUGUAUUAAUUAGCGUUCCAAAAAAGUGCCAGAUCAGAAAACAUAUCUUCGGUAUGCUAAUGUAUUAAAAUUUGUUAUUCCCCCCCCCCAUUUCUUACCACUUAUCUUCAUUUAAUUUAUGUUACUCUGAUUUUGCCUGAAUUCUCCAAAAAUGUGGUUGUUGUAAUUUUUUCAUUCAUUCGUAGCCUUAGCCAAAAAAGGCAUUUGUUAAAGUGAAGUACAUUAUAAGACUUCAACAAAAUCUUCUAUAAUAUGUUUGUUGUGCGUAUCAUUAGUUGUGUUUUUAUUGUUGAUAUUUAUAGUUUAGCAAAAAAAUGAUACCAUUGGUCCAAACAACUUAUUUCCGUUUAAGGCAUUGACAGAACUUCAUUACUUCUUUUAAAAAAUAAUAUGAGUGAUCGAACCCAUCACCUUAUCGCUAUCAUUGUGUCAUUCACCUUGGUCUUACCGAUCAUUGACUUUCUUACAUUUGCAUUGAUGCUUUACCGGUGAGGUGAGACCAUAGUGAAAGGAACCAUGGUAUGCAUCUUUGUGGAGGGAAAAUGUCUUUUGCUGUGUUUUUCUUGAAUUCAAAAUUCAUGUUAGUUUGUGACAGAACAAUUCAGCGUGUGGACCAAUGCUUGUAUUUUUUCUGAUGUAUAAUUAUCAACCAUCGAAGUGAAUUCUAUGACACAUGCAACUGCAACAUCUCAGAAUUCUACUUUAGAGCUCCUCCCAGCCCUUGAAAAUGUUACGUACUAAAUCCCGUAAUUAUUCUCAAAUAAAAACCAAAUCAAAAAUUAAGAUUUGAUCCCUAAAUGGGCGUAUUAGUUUCUGUGAGCUUUUUUCUUGGCCAAGCUUUUAUGGAAGAAUAAAAGUUUGCAGUAUAUAAAACUUGUUGCGUUCUGGCUUUCCAUUUCUAAGUCAAAAAAAGGGAGGUAAUUACUCACUUAAAAUUUUCUGCAUUAACGUCCUAGGACACUCAAUGAAGGAUGAGGAA